AUGGAAGUGCUGCUUUGUGGUGUAAUUGUUAUGCAGCCAGAAGAUCCACUUACUUUUCUAGAAGAAAAGCUCAGAGAAAUUAUGGAAAAGGGAUUAGAUACUCUCUCAUGGUAUAUGUGUAUUGAUCUGUCCUUACACCCAGAAUUAAAGAGGAUUUCAGAAACUUACCUGAAAGCUGUUUUUGGACUAGAUGGUGAACAACUGAUAACUAAAGAAUUAUGUGCCAAAGCAUGGGAUUUUUACAGCAGAAACUUAAUGAAGCUGUAUUUUGGAGGAUGGAUGAAAUAUAAUCUACAGACAAAGAACAAAAGAAAAAAGGCAAAGGAGAAGAUGGCUCUAGUAGUAGCUCAUUAUAACGUCCAAAUAUUAAGAGUUACUGUACAGAAGUGGAACAUGUGGGUGCAGAUUCGCAAGGAAAAAAUGAUACUGGCAGUGAAGAGACUACAAAAGAUCUUUAACAAAAUAUAUUUAAAUGCUGUCAUGAAAGCUUGGCAUGCAGAGGCCUACAAUUCUUUGAAAACGAAAGCAUAUUUUGAGAGUUUGGCAAAGGAGAGUCAGAAAGACUGUUUUGAAUCAAGUGAUCUUCAUGUCAGACAAAACCCAACUCAUUUACCAGAAAAAGCCUUAUUACAGAUUUUCCAUUACGUAAAUUUAGUUGAUCUGGGACGAUUUGCUCAAGUUAGCCAAACAUGGAUGCUACUAACACAGGACAGCUCAUUAUGGAGUGAUAUCAAUUUUUCAUCAGUAAAGCAUAAAAUUCAGGACAAAAUAGUAGUAAAUAUUUUGCAGAAGUGGCGUCCAUAUGUAUUACGAUUGAAUCUGCGAGGUUGCUCUUCUCUUCACUGGCCUAGCUUUAGAAGUAUCAGUGAAUGUAAGAAUUUGCAAGACUUAAAUCUCUCUGAAUGCCAGGGAUUAAAUGAUGAAUCGAUGAGACUCAUAUCAGAAGGCUGCAGAGCUCUCCUGUAUUUAAAUCUGUCAUAUACAGAUAUUACUAAUGGAACACUACGACUAUUGUCAAGCAGCUUCCCCAAUUUACAGUAUCUGAGUUUAGCUCACUGCAGAAAAUUCACAGACAAAGGUUUACUGUACCUGGGCUCUGGAAAAGGCUGUCACAAGCUCAUCUAUUUGGACCUCUCAGGUUGCAUCCAGAUUUCAGUUGAAGGCUUCAGAAAUAUUGCCAAUGGCUGCAGUAGGAUACAAGAUUUGCUAAUCAACAAAAUGCCAACUCUUACAGACAGAUGUAUUCAAGCUCUGGUUGAAAAAUGCCAACAGAUAGUGUCAGUUGUCUUUCUUGACUCUCCGCAUCUUUCUGAUACAACCUUUAAAGCCCUUGCUGGAUGUAAACUUGCCAAGGUCAGCAUUGAAGGGAAUAACCAGAUUACUGAUUUAAGUUUUGAGUUGAUGAGUAAAUGCUGCCCAUAUAUCAGACACAUUCAUCUGGCAGAUUGCCGGAAGAUUACAGAUGCUGGUCUUAAGAUGAUUUCACCAUUGGAGCAUAUUCUUGUACUGAAUGUAGCAGACUGCAUAAGAAUCAGUGAUGAGGGUGUGAGGCCAUUUGUACAAGGUUCUUCAGGAGCUAAGCUAAGAGAGCUGAAUUUGACUAAUUGUAUUGGUCUCACUGAUGCUUCUGUCACAGAAAUAGCACAAAGAUGUCAUGAAUUGACCUAUCUAAGUCUGCGUUACUGUGAAAAUGUGACUGACACUGGAAUUGAAGCCUUGGGAAAUAUGUCGUCAUUGAUAUCCAUUGAUAUCUCUGGAACCGGCGUCUCAGAUAUGGGCUUGAGAGCCCUUGGACGCCAUGGAAACAUAAAGGAACUUUCUAUAUCAGAAUGCAAGAACAUCAGUGAUACUGGAAUUCAGGAGUUCUGCAAGGGCACAAAAUACCUGGAACGCUGCUGCCUCUCUUGCUGCCCUCAGCUGACGGAUGAAACUGUGAAAGCAUUGGCAUUUCACUGCCACAGAUUAACAUCUGUCAACAUAGCGGGUUGUCCAACU